UCGCUCGAGUGACGGUUGUUGUUCGUAGAUUGCCGCAUUGACCUUUUUUCAUUGGAAAAUAUUAAGUAUCUCCUGUGCUAUAAUGUAAGCUACUUGCAAUGGAUUUGAGCUACGACCAAGUAAAUUGCCUUGUAUCGUCGGACAAUAUUGGCCCGUUAACUAGUACGCCUGUUAAGAGCACUAGCGUGAACCUGGUCGACAUCUCUACAGAUUCUGAAGCGAGCUGCCUUUCUCCUUCAAACAGACCGAGAAAGAGAUCAAUUAAUCUUUUGGAUAUAUCCACUGACAACGAGUCAAGCUACUCUUCCCCCAUAAAGUCCGUAAACUUAGUGGAUUUCUCUUCCAUUGAUGAUGCUUCGCUCGAGAUAGAAGUGGCGGAGAAGAGCGUUAACCAAGAUCUCUCUUUUGGUUUUUCAGACAAUCUGUUGUCUAUCAGCCCCAUAGAUGGAACACAAACUAAAGAAACUGAAGGUUUAUCUUCCAGUGACAAUAGCAAUGAUGCUACUUUAAGUGCAUUUACCGUAAACAACUCUGACCAAGGGACUUCUCAAAGAGGUGGGUCUUUGGCUGAUAACCAUGAAAAUACACAGGAAACUCAUGUAGGAUCUGAUAGUCAAGAGGUGCAUAGUUCCAAAGUACAAGCACCAACAAUAGCCACACCUAGAGAUGUCAGAUUAAGGACUGAGGAUGAGAUAAUGUGGCUUUUCAGCACUCCUUGUUGUCUGAAACGUUGUCUUCAUCAACUGUCUAUUGGUGACAUUCAACAUGUUGAGGUGAUUUUAAAGGAGAGGAACCAAACUGAAAAAAGGAACUUCUUGCUGGACUUUCUUCAUCAGCACAGCCAAAUAAAUGAAUCKGGGGAGUUUGAUGUUAAUUAUGUCAUCAAGGGAAAGCAAGUGUGUAGAGAAGCAUGGCUGGUGGCACAUAAUCUACCAAAGAGCAGUUUUAGAAGAGUUAUGGAAAAAUUUAAGGAUGGAGCAGUAAAAGUUGAUCAYGGWAACAAAGGGAAAAAGUCUGUUAUGGCCAAAACUGGGGAUUGCAUUGCAUGGCUUCAGUAUUUUUUUAACACGAUUGGGGAUCAUCAGCCAGACAGCAAUGCCAUUCAUCUGCCAUCAUGUUUCAGCAAGAUUGCUAUAUAUAARAAAAUGCUGGAUGAAAAUACUCARUUCAAUCACCCAACUGUUUCUCUUUCCCACUUUUACAACAUAUGGGAKCAACACUUCAGGAAUGUCACAAUUCCAAAGGAAAACCGCUUCACCAAGUGCACAGAAUGUACUAGGUUUAAAAAUCUYAAAGAACAACACCCUUCUCAACGUGAUAGUAUCAAUAAAGAACUUAAUGACCAUCUUGAUUUAGUUUGGCAAGAGAGACGAGUCUACUAUAUGCAUCGAUACAAAGCAAGAAAGUUUCCACAAAAGUACAUGACCAUAAUAGAUGAUGGUAUGGACCAAAAGACAACUAAUAUCCCCAAAGUCCGAAGAAUCAGCAAAGCUUUGUCAUCACUCACCAAUGUUAAUACACACCUUGUUGGUGCCAUCGUCCAUAGUGGCCAAGCGACACAUGGCAAAGAGAUAUAUGGGUCCUUUGAUUUUUACCAGUGGCCACAUGAUUCAAAUCUAAAUAUGACUGUYCUGCUAAGCACUUUGAUGGAGUGGUGUAAAAACUACAAGCUGCCCCCAAUACUUUAUCUUCAAAUGGAUAAUUGUUGGCGGGAGAACAAAAAUCAGUUUAUGUUGGCACUCUUAGCUUUGAUGGUUCAWAAGAAAAUAUUUGAAAAGAUUCGCUUAAACUUUCUGCCAGUUGGGCAUACACACGAAGAUAUAGAUGCUUUCUUUGGUGUUUUCUCAAAGUAUCUGGACAAAAAUGACAUAUACACAAUUGAAGAUCUACKAAUAGCCUUGGAAUGCUGUAUGAAUAAUCCAAGACCAAAGUCGUUCAUGUUGCCGCAUUCAUAUGACAUCAAAAAUUGGAUAACUGGCCAUGCUAAYCCAAUGAAUAAUCACACCAAACCGAAGUGCUUUAAAUUUGAAGCAAAUAGCAAUGGGGAGRUUGUGAUGUUAUAUCGAAACUGGAGUCACGAGGAGUGGUUUAGCCCUUUUGUUGUUCUUAAGAGUCUCCCUGACGAGAAGCCUGGCCUUGUGCCUGCCAAAUUSGAAAAGCUCGAUCCUGAAGAGCUAUCAAGAGAUCUACCAAAAUAUGCUGGCCAUAUUCCAGAACUUGCCUGUAGCUUUUGGCAGAAUUGGCUGGAAAAUGUUGAUUCACUAUUGGCUACACCAGCUCAAUAUGAUUGGGUMMUUGACAUAUUAUCAAGGGAUGCAGUAAGAACGGAGCCUUUGCCARCAGUAGAGGAAGUGAUGUUAGAYGUUAGAGCUAUUCGAGAAAAAGAGCUGGAACCAACAAGAGAGAUAUAUUCAGGCCCAUACAGAAACCGCGUACAAAGAGAGAAUCCAGUUGAGAGAACRGAUAGCUACCUUGAAGGACUUUCAGAGGGUUCCUUUGUGGCAUUGUUAUUGGCCAAUUACAAUGUCACACCAGCAAUUGGGAAGGUGCUAGAAGUKACWGAAAACAACUUCAAGGUCCAUUACUGGAAAGGGACAUAUAAUGGCAAAUGGGUGCCCCAACAUGUUCCAAGGCAAAAACACCAGCCUUGGGUUGAGUGGCUACCAAAAACKUGCAUUGUAUGUUGCAACUUUUSUCUAACWGAGGGAGACAAACUUAAGCCRACAACCAGAAAUUUCCUUAAAACACAAUAUAAUGAAUUGACAAAGCAGUCAUAAUUGAAUAGGUGGGCGUACAGUAGUUUGKUUAGAUCCAAAAUAUCAAAUUCUAAGAAUAAGCAAUCUGAACAUGUG